AGUAGAAAGGUCAAAAUAUGACGGCAAAGAUGGCAGCCUCCGUAGCAGAGCAUGGAGAAGAUGCUUUUAGAUAGCUGUUCAAGCAUUACAAGAGGAAAAAUCCUCCUCCAGACUUCAGUGAGGUCAUUAAUUUCUCCAAACCUUGUAAAGACAAGGUGAGCCAUUCAGAUUUGAAAAAUAUUUCGGUAUUCAUUAACUUUGACACUAAGUCUUUACUAAACUGUGUAGUGUAGUGUUAUUAUUAUUGGAAUUAGUCAGUUACUAGAUCAUUUGAUUACCUGUAUAAACCAGACCUUCUAAUGAAAAGUCAUCAGAAUUGUCUGUUUUUAAGUUUUUACCUGUGAACUUAACUCCACUCCUAUGAGUGAGGAAGCUGGUCUUCGGCCGGUAAAAGACUGGAAGGCAUUUGGUCUUCAUGGAUAUCCAGGGUUUAUCUUUAUAUCCAACCCGUUCCUGCCGGGUUCUCAGUACUGGGUAAAGCAGUGUCUGAAGAUCUAUCCACGGAAACCCAAAGUGUGUAACCUGGAUAUGCAUAUGUCAUCUGAGGAGACCGAAAACAUCUGGGAAAAAAGUAUAGAUGUUAUUCGGAGGAAAGGCUGUGGGAAAGGAGAGCCCAAAACUUUGCUAGAAAAGCUGCGCUGGGUGACACUGGGUUAUCACUAUGAUUGGAACUCCAAGACUUGCUCUCCAGACCACUACACUCCAUUCCCUGAAGAACUUCACUCUCUUUCUCACAAAGUGGCAGCAGCCUGUGGCUUUCCUGGCUUUAACGCAGAGGCGGGCAUUCUCAACUACUUCUGAUCUGAUUCGUCGUUCGGAUUCCAUGUUGAUGAAUCAGAGCUUGACCAUACCCAACCUUUGUUAUCUUUCAGUUUUGGGCAGACUGAUGUAUUCCUUUUGGGCGGGACUAAGAGGAAAGACCGUCCCACAGCCAUGUUCGUGAACAGCGGUGACAUAAUGGUGAUGUCAGGUCCCAGCCGCCGCCUUUAUCAUGCAGUACCCUGCCUCAUCUCCGCCCCGGCUGGAAACAUGCUGCCACCCUGCUUGAGCCAGAGACUAGAGACGGAGGUGCAGGAUGAUGACAUCAUCCAAAGUGUGUCCGAAGAGGAUUGGAAUGUUUGCUCCUGGUACAUGCAGACGUCUUGGGUAAAUGUGACCAUUCGACAAGUACUUGCUUCUGGGCAGACCUUUCCAAGUUCACAGGCAUCACAUUUGUCAACAGACAGCUGUGAGAAAUCAGAGGAAGGAACAAAAAAUAAGAAGAGGAAAAGCGAAUUAGGCUAUGAGCGUGACACCUAACGCACCUGUUCUGAAUGUCAUCCAAGUUUUAUUUAUGUAAAAUGCAUCUGGUAUUAAAGAUUGUACAUAUGACUGCAAGUAAAUGCAUUAUUGUGAUAACUUCCCAGAUGUUGACUCUUCGUUCCAGAGCAGGUGUUGGAAAUAAGCAACCACUUAUGUGUCAAGUCAGCUCAGCUUAAAGCGUAGUUCUUCAUUUUAUCCUGUCAUAACCAACUUCUCACACAAUACUUCUCAGUCUGUAGAACAGCGGUGACAUUUAGUCCAGUCUGUUGUGAGUCGUGACAAUUUGCCAGGCGCAGGUCUGUUGAUUUAAGGCUGGUUGCCAUGUUUGCUCACCCAGGGCUGUAACACUAAACAGAGCUGACCUUCAGAGAAAACCAGGGAGACGGUGUAUAAUCUUUUUAAUCUGGUCAAACGACGUCACGACACGUCAAAGCCAGCGUGAGAUUGCCUUUGACAAGUACCCCGAGGGAUCCAGGUUGACUCUGCCAUUGUGACUGAAAACACUGGGGGCCUGCGUUACCAUGGUGAUAAAACACCUCUGUCACCGAGUCUGCCUCUCAUGAAACCCUAUCAAAAGUUCAUGUCUGCGUGUGAGAUUUGUAAGAUUAAUGUUUCUGGUCUUUUACAUGCUGUAAAAACAUAAAUGCUCCGCAGCGGUCAGUGGUC